AUCGUAGGUAAAGACUUCACCGGUAUAAAAGGGGGUGUGUCUGUUACUUUCUGUAUCAGUGCUCCUGCAGCUACAUGUUCAUCACUACUGUCACCAUGCAGACCAUUUUGCUUCUUCUUACCAUACUUGCUUUGGCAGCAUCGCCGAUUUACGCUGAAGAAGCCUUGGCAGAAAAGAAAGUUGAGAAGAGAGGAGUUUUUGGAUUAGGAUACGGAGGGUACGAUGGUUACUAUGGAUUGAACGGCUAUGGAGCUUACGGACAACAUGGAUACUUAAAUGCUCCUGCGUACCCAGCACUAGAUCAUGGAGUUGCUCCUUCAUACUCUCACAGUUACAGUGCACCAAUUUCCAUCAAUCGCGGUUAUGCAGCACCCGUGGCACCAGUGGCACCAGUAUAUUCAAUACCACGACUUGGCUAUCAAGGACUUGGACAUGGAUUGAAAUAUGUAAAUGGCUGGUAAAUUUGUUAGUCGUCAAAGAUCCUUGAAGCUGCUUUUUUGUACUACGUAUGAUGUUAAAUAAUCGAAAAUUCAAUAUUUGUGUUUCUGGUUUACAAUCAUUUGUGUACAUUUUUUACGAU